AUGGAGAAUAUUCGCACCUGUGGCGACAAUCAAAUCGGUCCUCAAGCGAGCCAUCAUUGUCGCGGGGGAUUCGACUUCACAUUGCUAUUUGAGGAAUGUUUCUUUUCGAUCGUACCCUCGGUGCUGCUAUUGCUCAGCAUUCCGAUUCGCUAUAAGCAACUUCAACCCGGCAGGAUUCGCAAGGUCUCACAGAGUUGGCUGUAUUGGACCAAGUUGGUAAGUGACGGCUUUGGACAAGCGUUUGGGGCUACCCAACUGUCCCUGCUAGUCGUAUGGCUUCGGCCGCAUGCACCACGAACGCAAGCCUCCUUACCAGCCGCUGCCCUGGCCGUUGCGACCGCACUUGGUCUGUUGUUGCUGUCGCACUGGGAACACCUCUUCUCGAUCCAUCCUUCUCAUAUCCUGAACUUCGCGUUGUCUGUCUCCCUCCUUUUCGAUGUGGUACGCGCGAGAAGUCUGUGGCUGGCGUCCUAUACUGCCAUUGCGGGACUCUACACAGCCAGUAUCGCUAUCAAGGUCAUUUGGUUCUACUUGGAGUCUCGCUCGAAGCAUUUGCUUCGGAAGCAUCCGACAGUGUCCUAUGGCCAAGAGGAGAUGAGUGGGCUGUACAGCCGCACAUUCUUCUGGUGGGCCAACCCGUAUCUCUUGCUUGGGUUCAAGUCCAUCCUCUCCGUCGAUGAUCUGCCUCAGUUGGACCAGAGUUUAUCUGCAGAUGUAUUGCAUGAUCGUCUGAGCACCGCCUGGAAAGGAGCCUCGAAAUCCUCCAAAAAUGCUCUGGCGUAUUGCACCGUAUGGACUUUCAGGUCCUCCAUUCUCUGUUCCUUCCUGGCUAGAGUAGUAGUCAUCGGAUUGAGCUACUCGCAGCCAUUCCUCAUUGCGGCACUGACCGAGUACGUCCAAGAAAGCCACCCCGUCAAGAACAAGGGUUAUGGCUUGAUCGGUGCUUUUGCCCUGGUUUUCCUGCUCAAAGGGAUUUUCGACUGUCUCUACCAGCAUCACAACUACCGCCUGAUCACAAAGAUCAGAGGAGCGGUCAUCUCGUUGAUCUACGAACAGACCCUAAGUUUGCGCUUCACCGAGCACAGCGAUUCCGCUGCAUUGACACUGAUGAGUAAUGACAUUGACAACAUUGCCUUCGGAAUUCAGAAUCUGCAUGAAGUGUGGGCCAGCCCCGUGGAAACCGCCAUCGCAUUGUAUCUGUUGCAGCGCCAGGUCUCCUGGGCGGCGGCCGUUCCGGCCCUUGUUUCUCUCGGGGCGAUGGUCUCGACGCACCUCCUAUCCAAGUCGAUGCCUAGCCGACAGAAGGCGUGGAUGCAGGCUGUGCAGCAGCGAGUGGCAUUCGCGUCUCGCUAUUUGAACACGAUGCAACAGUUACGAGUCAACGAAUUGAACCAGGGAAAGAAGUUUCGCCAUGUUAUGGUGAAGAUCAACCUCCUGGGCGGUGCAAUCACCAACCUGAGUCCGGUGCUUACCUUGGGGAUUUACGCGGCCAUAGCUCUUCACACAGGCCGUGCUCCGUUGAAUGUGGCUGCGACUUUCACCACCCUGUCCAUUCUGACACUGUGGAGUACGCCCUUGGAGAAUAUGGCGUAUUCAGGACCACGGGUGGCGGGAGCUCUGGAAAGUGUGCAGAGGCUCCAAGUAUAUCUGGGUAAUGCGAACUCUGAUACUCGCGCUCUCCGAGGGCAACUGGAUGACGCAAGCAGAUCGUGCUCGACUGAGGAGCCCACUGAAGUUGCAGAAUCCAUUGAGCUUCAACCACAGCCGAGCAGGGCGGAGACAACAAAUCCUUCCACGGCUGAUCUACUCCAGGUUUGUCGCGCCGACUUUGGCUGGAGUCGCGCAUCAGACCCAGUACUGUUGAAUGUGAAUCUGAGAGUCCCCCCUGCUUCCUUGACAAUGGUCGCAGGACCCGUGGGUUCCGGAAAGAGCACGCUGCUCAAAGCAUGUCUGGGUGAACUCCUCUGCGUGAACGGGUCCAUGGAUAGCAACGUCGCCCGCAUCGCAUACUGUGAUGCGAAAGCAUGGAUUCGCAAUCGCUCGAUCCGAGACAAUAUCUGUCACCCCCUUCCCUACGAAGAGGAGUGGUAUCGCACCGUGCUCCAGUCCACCGCGCUGGACUGUGACAUCGCCCGCCUUCCUGAGCAGGACCUCACGAUCAUCGGCAGCAACGGUAUGGCGAUGAGUGGUGGGCAGCGCCAGCGGAUUGCCAUUGCUCGUGCGGUAUAUGCACGCACCAAGCUGGCAAUCUUCGAUGAUUCCCUCAGUGCUCUGGAUGCUCCCACAGCUGCUCAUGUCUUUUCCCGCGUGCUCGGGCCUCGGGGUAUCUUACGCCGUAAUGGAGUUGCGGUCAUCAUGGCGACCCAUGAUGCGAGCCAUCUGGCUCACGCGGAUCAUGUUGUUCUCAUGGACCAGGGGAGUAUCGUCGAACAGGGACCGCCGCGACAGCUUCCAGCCGGGCGAGAUUACGCAUCACCUGUGACAAACCAAGACAACAUCUCCUCUGCGCAGCCUCCCGAUCCGGUGCAGCAGAGCCCUGGUGUCAAGAAGGCAACGAACUCUGGCGAUGAAUUGACAAGGCAAUUGGGAGACGUGCGUGAUUAUGCCUAUUACUUCCGCACUUCCGGCGGGUGGUCGAUAUUGCUCUACGCCGGGGCUCUCGGUGUUGGUAUCUUCAGCGGACAAUUCACCAAUCUUUGGGUCCAGUGGUGGGCAGAAACAAACGAGCAGACCCCCUUCGCGCACCUGGCACGAUACCUCAGCGUCUACGCUUUGCUAGCCAUGGUCGCAGCAGCCCUCUGGGCCUACUGCAUGUGGCUGGUCUUCUGUCGCAUCGUCGUCACCUCAUCAACUCGGCUGCACGAGCAUCUCGUCGCGAAAGUGAAAGACGCGCCGCUACACUGGCAUACCACGAUCGACACCGGGGUCAUCCUCAACCGCUUCAGCCAAGACAUGACCCUGAUCGAUCGGUCACUCCCAGCCGACUUUCUCAAAACGUCCAACUACUUGGUGCAAUGUGUCGUGAGCGUGGCGUUCAUUUGCAUCGGUGCGAACUACAUGGCGGCGCUGAUCCCGAUCACCGUCUUCAUCAUCUACUGGAUCCAGAAAUUCUACCUCCGCUCCUCGCGCCAGCUUCGUCAUCUGGAACUGGAAGCGAAGUCUCCCUUGUACGCCCAGUUCACGGAGACCCUGAGUGGUCUGAUCACGAUUCGGGCUUUCCGCUGGCGAGACAGCUUCCAAGCAGAGCAUCGGGCGUUCCUGCAGACCUCCCAGCGACCGUACUACUUCCUCUUCGUCAUCCAACGCUGGUUGACCCUGGUUCUGGAUCUGGUUGUCGCCGUCCUCGCGGUCCUGCUGGUCGUCUUCGCCGUCUGCGUUCCGACCCAGGGGCCCAUCGGCGUGUCUCUCAUAUCGCUCCUCACAUUCCACCAGCAGCUCGCCGAGCUGAUCAAUUGCUGGACCUCGCUGGACACAAGCAUCGGCGCUAUCACCCGGAUCCGGAGUUUCGGCACUGUGCCAUCGGAGCAUCUUCCCCACGAGAACCAAACCCCCCCACUGACAUGGCCGGCGGAAGGCUCCAUCGUCUUCCAGAAUGCCACCAUGGGCUACGACCCCACCGGCCCGCCCAUCCUCCGCGAUAUCACCCUCAGCAUCCCCGCCGGCUCCACGUUCGGAGUCUGCGGCCGCACCGGCAGCGGCAAAAGCUCCCUCAUCCUCGCCCUCCUCCGCAUGCUCGAAGUCCAGAGCGGGAGGAUCAGUAUCGACGGCGUGAGCCUGACAUCCUGUCCCCGCGAUAGCAUCCGCAGCCACAUCACCGUUCUCCCGCAGGAACCCCUCCUCUUCCCCGGGACCAUCCGAGACAAUAUCACCACCUUCCAAGCCAUGCAUGACGAGAGAGUCCUCCGUGCUUUGGACAAGGUCCAGCUCACGGAGUACAUCGCGGCCCACGGCGGUCUAGACGCACGGAUCGAUGAUCUGCCGUUGUCUGCGGGCCAGCAGCAGUUGCUCUGUUUGGCCCGGGCGAUCGUUUCGAAACAGAAGAUCCUGCUCUUGGACGAGGUCACUAGUCGCGUGGAUGAUGAGACGGAUCGGCUGAUGCAGCGGGUGAUCCGGGAGGAGUUUCGGGGGUGUACGGUUAUUGCGGUUGCGCACCGGGUGCACACCCUCCUGGAUUUCGAUCGGGUUGCGGUUCUGGAUGGAGGGAGUCUGGUCGAGUGCGAUGCUCCCUCUGUGUUGCUGAAGCGUCAGGGAUCGCUGUUUGGGCUGUUGUAUAACCGGACACGGUGUUCUGUAUCGGUGGCAUGUUAAUGAGUUGGUCCAGAGCCUAACCAGAAGUUAAGGAUUCCUUCCAAAUCAUAGCGGAGAAGUCCUGUACAUCAACAGUAUGAGUUUACUCGGUUUUUGAAUCUUGGAAAAACAAGACCAUUGUUCUCCCCCGGUCCAAGUCUAACAGCGGUCUUCCUUUAUAUGUACAUGGGUGUGUUCUCG